ACGCAUUUUUUUUUUUUACUUGAUUACCAGCAGUUAAAAAGAUAUGAUUUUAAUCGUGGGAAUAAAAGUACUUGGGGUACAUUUGAGCUGUUUUCUAACCACGUGUGAAAGCUGAUAGCUGAACAGUGAAAAAGCCUGAGCUGCAGCUGGACAGAAGAAUGCGAGAAUAAAAGAGGAAGCCAGAGGAGGAGCCAGCAGAUGGCUGAGAACAGGAUUUAGAGAUGAGUGACCGAGACAGCAGCAUCUCUGCCUCUCAAACUGAGGGAGAAUUCGAGGGAGAGAUGGAUGAAGAGCUUGAGGGAGACACGGAGAUGGAAGAAGAGAAAAGUGAGAAUGGGAGAGGCAGUCCGGCCCCCAGUCUCUCCAACAUCUCCUCCACUCUGCGCGCCGUUAUACGCAUCAAACAGAAGUACCAAGCAAUGAAGAAACGGCGUCAAGAGAUGGCCCUGGGGGGCCAGUGUGCCCUCACGGGCGCCCCAGGACGGACCAGCCCCAAAAUCUUCACCUUUGAUGGAUUCACCCCCACUGCCUUCUCCUCUCCAUCAUCCAGCAUCCCACAGAGGAAGAAGAGGAGAAAGAAGAAACGGGUGUUGUUUCCCGAAGGAGGGAGACGAAGGGCUGCGCCAAAGCAGGACCGCAGCCGAGCCAAAUAUUGCCUGUAUCUGCUCUUUGCCAUUGUCUUUCUCCAGGUCUACAACGCCAUAGAGAACCUGGAUGACCACGUUCUUAGAUAUGAUCUGGAGGGAUUAGAGAAGACACUGAGGAGGGAAGUGUUUGGGCAGCAGGGAGCUGUGGAGAGCCUGUUGUCCCACCUGAAGGACUACCUGUCUACCUACGUCCACAACAAGCCUCUGGUGGUAUCCCUGCACGGCCCGACCGGGGUAGGUAAGAGCCACCUGGGACGCCUACUGGCCGGACAUUUCCGCUCCGUGGUGGGUGACACGCUUGUGCUGCAGUACUAUGUGCUCCACCACUGCCCCCAGGAGGCGAACGCCCUGCAGUGUGCCAGUGACCUCUCAGCUCUGAUCUCAGAGAUGGUAGAACGAGCCGAGGAGGAGGAGAAAAUUCCGCUCUUCAUCUUCGACGAGGCAGAGCACAUGCACCACGAGAUCCUAGACACGCUGUUGCAGCUCGUGUCCUCCAACCAGUCCAAUGAAUACCUGAAUGCUAUUUACCUAUUUCUAAGCAACCUGGGUCAUGCACACAUCACCAAACAUAUGCUGCACAACUCUUCGAGUAUUUCCAUGGCAAUGACAGCAUCAGGUCGUCAUAGCAAUCUGGUAAAAGAGCUGACUCCCAUUUUACGUAGCAUGCUGGAAGAGCUUCACCCGCUUUGGACAGAGGCUGAUAUCUUACCUCUCAGUCUUUUGGAGAAAGGUCAUGUGAUGGAGUGCUUCCUGGACGAAAUUACUCGAGAGGGAUUCUACCCGGAUCAUGCUAACAUAGAGCGGCUCGCGGGGGAGAUUGAAUACUACCCUGCAGUAGGGGGGCACGAAUACUCCCAGACAGGCUGCAAGCAAGUGGUGGCUAAAGUCAACCUGCUGUGACAUGCUCUUGUUCGCAUUCUUUUAAACAUGAAGAAAAGGGAGUGAAUUUACAAUUAUGAAACUUGAAUGACACAAUUCAAAGCCAACGCUUUUAAGAGUGGUUUUGUAAGAAUGUAAUAAAAAAAAAAUUCACACACAAAAAGGUAUAUUAAACUUUGUCGGGGGGAAACAAGGAAUAAAUUUGGUGAACACUUAAAAUGCGGCAGGCAGUCCCUGAAGGGUGGGUUCACCCAGUGUACAUUAAUAAAAGAUGAUUUAAGUUGCCUGUUGUUGUAUCUCCCAAAUACCUCUGAAUAGCUGCAUAGAAAAAGGAAAACACCUAAACUGAUUUUUUAAACCUAGACAUUAGUACAGUGCUGGCUCACAGAGGAUAUUUCAGUAACUCCAGGGACAGUUCACCUAGCACUACCAGUAAGUAAAAUGUAACGGUCUAAUUAAACCAAUCCAAACACUUAAUGGACUGGCACAAAGGUAUGUUCAGACAUUCAGACACUGCUAAGAGUUUCUGGUUUGACCACCUUGACAUUUGGAGCAGACAAAUUCUAUAUACAUAAAUCAGGCUUGGGCUGUGGUCAAAACCCCCAGUUAUUGGACUGUGCUUUAAAUCAUACUCUAGGUGCUGUCCCUUGCCUACAGAUUGAGUAUCAGUCAUUGUCUGUUAAACUCAUGGUGAAUUUUUUUAAAUUGUUUUUUAAAUGUGGGGCAUUAUAAAAGCAGCUCUAUCUAUCUAGUCAUGAAUGCUGAUAAAGAAAAACAAGUGAAGGAUAUACAUCUUACUAAUGGUCUUUUUAUCUCCUGGAUAAGGGUAAUAACAUGCACUGGAGCUGUGUAAGACUAAUAUUCACUCAUUUAUGAAGGAGGAAGUUCAUAAUGCAAAAGUUACUAAUACCUAUUACAGGAUGUUCACAGGACGUGUGACAGAUAAUGCAAGUCAGCAGAAUGACAACGCAAGAGCACAUGGUAGCAAAGUGUCUUUGCAGGCAAUCAAUAUAUUUGAAAAGUCUGGUCUCUGGUAGGGUCAUCCAAACAAAGACAGCACAGAUGGGCAUGGCCAUAUAUGUUAAAUUGGACCCAUUAUAUUUUUCCUUAUUUUCUUUUAUAUAUUAAUAUUUUAUUUAUUUUCAUAUUUGUAUUUUAUUUAUACUAUAUAUAAAUUCUAUAUAUAUAAUACACACCCACAGUUACAUUGGAGGAUGAUCAUACUAAAUGUAUUUGCAUAAAAUGACAUCAAUGUAGUGCUCUAAAUGCUCUGUUUCUGUUUUUUCCUGCUCUUCUUGCUUCUGAUGUUAAUUAAGAGUUGGUAUGGGUUCCUUUUUAAAGAAGGAAGACAACUUUGAAUGGGAAGGAGCUAAAAACCUCUUGUUCCGGACAGUGGAAGAAUUGAGGGGCUCCACCAAAGCCCAGCACAAGUAAACUGUGAAUCAUGUAAAGGUACUUUAUUAAAGUACAAGAACUUGCUAGUA